AUAUAUUAUAUAGUUUAGACACCAGUUGCCAAAUCAGGCUGUGUAUGCGCCCAGCCCGAGUCCAAAGGGGCCUGACACAACCCCUGCGGCCUCCCGAUCACAGCGUCCAGAAAAAAAUAUUCCCACACAAUUGUUUUCUAAUCCCAACAGUUUUCACCAUCUCCGAUUAGGUCAUACAGAUAAUAUAAAUAUAAAUUUAGUAUUUGAUAAAAAAUGCUCUCGUUUUCGAACCGUUAAUGUUAGGGUGUAAUAUUUUCGUCUUUGCGACGCUGUGCCUGAAGUUAUUAUGUUGAAAUUCCGUUCCUAUGUUGGGUAGUUUAUCCAGCGGUGCUUGUCUUCCAGGAUUGUGCUUAGCGCGCCAAAGUGGCAGUAGCGCGCAGGAGCAGUGAGCUGGGUCUGUGCCUUAGUAUUACAAUAAUAUUGAUACUGUAGCUUAUAGUUAACUUACGUAGUCGUUAUCGAGCUUGCUCACUGCGCAACGUCGGCUCAUAGUGUACUUUGAUAAAUAAUUACAUACCGACGUAAACAUUAUCCAUUAAAAUACAUGCGUUACGUACAUACAUAAAAAAAAACAUUCAUACCAACCAUAAAUACGUUUUUAGGCAAAACGCCAGUUAUGCCAGUUCGCAAAGCGGCAUUACGUAAAACUUGAGAUGCUGCAAUGAUUUUUCAACGUUGCGUCGUUAUAAUUCAAGUGCUCUUCGACCUUGUCAACGUUUUGACAUUGUCAAUUAUUAUAGCAUUUGCCUUAAAAAAAAAUUCGACGUUGAAUAGGACAAUUAUAUUUGCUACUUACGAUAUUAGCGGAAGCAAAAACUCCACGUUAGGGGUUCAGCAACCAUAUCUCAUUUGGCAAUAAAAAAUAAGCAAUAAUUAUAAAGAAAAUGUAUACCUAACGUGUGUUUUUCUCAAAACGCAAUUGUGCUCACCGUUGGGACAACUAUUUUAUAAUACUGUAAGGAUAUGGGCCGGAAUCCACGGUAGAAUUAGGACUCGGGCUGUUGGAUCUUGGUCAAAACGAACUGAAGAUAGUGGACCAGAUGUUUCGUUAGCAACUGUUGCUGUUAUCUGUGUUGACAACGCGGUAUUUACUGAAGAUGACAGCCAUAGUUGCUAACGAAACGUCUGGACUUAAUCGUCCAUUUCGGUCAGGGUCGAUCUGCCCGAAUCUUAAUUCUAUCUAAUAUUUUAUAGUAGUUUUAUACGAUUUCGAAAUGAAGACGUUAGGGCUGAAUAAACUCCCAUUUCUGUAACUGAUUUCUUUUUCAUUCAAUUUUUUCGUAUCCAAGAAACAUAAUAAGUUUUUUGUUUAAACUGGCGAGUAUCUAUUUGUAUUUGCUCAAAAUAUACAAGGAUGUACCAAAAACGACAAAAUUCGGUGUUAACUUUUUGAUUCAUGUUUGUUUCAUUUUGUGAUAAAUGUUGAACGAUUAUAAUCAAUACAAGAUACAAAUGUGUACAAUUAUGAAAAGUCAUUGCAGUGGUUUUCUAUUAAUUUCGACGAGUGUAAAUAAAUAACAAAAAAAAAAAAAAUGAAAAUAAAAUGUUCACAAGUUGUUGCCGCAAUUUUGCACGCCCAAGCAAUAGUGAAUAAGUUGGAUUGUGUUUGUAGUAAAUAAAUAAAUUAAUUAAUUAAUGAAUGAAUAUUUAAAUAAUUAUAGGACGAAAGCAAAAUGGCGGCAAACGUGUUUAGACAAAGUUUUCUGUGAUCGAGUACCUUUUUUAAAGCAGCCGCGACCGAGCGCGGGGUACUUCGGACAGGUCACCGACGGUACCCCAAAGGUCACGCUCCUCCCGACUCCUUUAUCAUCUCACAUUAUAAUUUUUCUAGUCAAAACGCUUAGGAGUGACCUUGACUGAUGUACUUAUUCCCUCCGUUCUUUGUAGCUGAUCUGCUGGGUCACUCCUUUCAUAUUUCAUUUUUAAUAUUUACCAACAGCCAUCAUAAUAAUAAUUACUUAUAUUAAUUAUUAUUAUUAUUAUUACGAUUAAUUAUGUAAAUACAAAAAAAAACCAUGCAGUCUGUUAAUCACGCAAACUUAAAAUAGAAUCGGGUGAUAUUAUAAUCAGUGCCAUGAUAUUGUUGACUCAAUUGUUGGACGUCAAGAACGUCAGUAGUGUUGGUUAUUAUUAAUUAUUGUAGAAAGCUUAACAAAAGCUAUGUAUGAUUUUUAAUUUAAGAUUAAAUCAGAGAGUUUAUUUAAUUAGAAUUUUAUUUUGUUUUACCUCCCAAUACCCUAGCAGCCUAACUUUCGUUCACUACUGUACAUCGACACCUUUCCUAGUUAAUUUUUUUUGGAAAACAAAUACUAUUUAACAUUCAAAAUUAACUGUCAACAUAACCGCAUUUGUACGAAUGUUACCAUGGAAAUACAAAGUUAGUGACUGACUACAAACAAUCGCACACAGAGUUCGUAGGAUUUUAUACAGAAGGCAACGUUUGUCGCGGGUUUUACUACAUAAAAUUAGUCCUAUUUUUUAAAUAUAUUUUAAAAGAUGCAGAGAAAAGCUUCUGCUCGUCCUAGUACGGGAAGACCCUUAAGUGGCCUCCCGACAAUGGCCCGUCCUAUCACCCAGCAAGGUCUAAGUGGUCCACGUCGAUUGGGCACAGCUCAAGGCUCAAAUAGGAUCCACAAGGAUCAAAGGUACUACAUCUCGCAAAUACAGUCCCACAUUGGAUUAUUACAAGAUGAGAUAAUUCGUUUAAAGAAGUCAAUAGUUGAAGGGAAAGUAGCUUCGGUUACAAAGCCCGAGUUAAAAAGGAUUGCCGAAAAGCUAGCCAGAAAAUUUGCCGAACAACAGGAACUUCUGAACACUUACAAUAACGCUUUAGAUUUCCAUAUGUCCUAUAUCACGAACGAUAAAAUCGCACAGGACACGGCGAAGACAAGAGAAAGAAAUCGACAACUCAUGGAUGAGCUAGAAAACGUACAAAUAUAUAAACUGAAACGGGAAGAAAAUCUGAAACAACUUAAAAAAGAAUUUGACGAAGAAGAGCAGUUUACGAAAAAAAUUAUAGAAACUUUAUCUACAGACGAACGCGAAAAAUAUUUGGAGCUUUAUGAACAAAAUAAAAAAUACGUUGAAAAAAUUAACGAACAACAAAAAUCGCUUAAAAAUGUUAAAGAGAAGAUUGAAAACGACCAAAAAAUGCUGAUACCUAGCAAGCAAAAACAAACAAAAUUGACUUUGUUAAAAAAUUACGAACGAGCUAAACGUCAACAUGAGACUUUAUCCAAACAGGUUAAUGAAAUUAUCAAUCCUGAAAAUCAAAAGGAAAUUUUGCUACAACAGGUAAAAAAAGAUAAAGCUGACAUCGAAGUAUUAUCUAAGACUAAAACACUUCUCGAUGAAGAAUUGAAAGAAAAACAGGGAAGGCUGCAAAUAAUGGAAGAAGAAUUGGACAAUACAAACAAUAAAAGGCUUGAAAAACAUAAAGAACUUAGACAACGAGAGGUUGUGAUGAACGAAUUUAUAGACACAUUUGAGGAAAAGAGAUCUCGCGUUAUGAAAAAUAUUCAAAAGGAACAAGAUAAAAUAAUAGAAAGCCUUGAUGCAAUGCUGAUAAGCAUUGCCGAUUUUGAAAUCAACGACAUGAACGCAAACACAGAUUUUCGUAAAAUGCCUUUAGAAGAACUGAAGAAACAUUAUGAAGUUUUAAGCGCUCGUAUAGCUCGAUUGAAUAUGAUUAACGAAAAAGACGACAACGAAAUAAAACAAUUAACUCAAGAAAAAGAAAAAACUGAAACAAAUUUAGACGAUUUGAACGAUAUUGAUAAGAAAAAGGCGACUAUUGAAAGUGAAUUGAAAAAUGUUAAACAAGAAAUCGCAAAUAUAAAAAACAAGCUCAAUGCGACUGUGUCUGCAGUUAGUGAAGCAGAAAAAAAGAAAUCAUCUUUGGAGGAACAACUGAGUAAAAGUCAAGAAUACAAAAAGAUUGUUAAGAUCGAGCAGCGUAUUGAAAAUAUUGAAAAAGAACUCAAUGAAUUACAAAACGAAAUAGAAGGCGACGAAUCAGAAACUAUUGUUAAGAACAGGCUCGAUGAAGUAUCCAAUUUGAUAGAGAAAUACAAUGAAGAAUUGAAAAAACGUUUGAAAAAAAAAAUAAACUUGGUACAGAAUAAAUUUUGGAGUAGUAAUUAAAUAAUUGGCUAAUUAAAUUUUCUAUCAACAAGAAUCAAUAGUCACCGAAGGAAA